GCCCGUCGCAACGAGACUGGACCUUAACGUGGUGCGACGGUUUGCGUACCUCAUUGACCCAUUGAGCUAUACUGGGUGAUGCCUCCGAGCAUCUUGAGAGCUACUCCUACCAGGUUGGUCAAUGGUGAGAGGUCAGACAAACUCAGUCUCCUGGUCCUCCAGGUUGGGGGUUUGAAAUGGGAUGGCGUCCAUUUCUGUAAAACUAAAUCAUUGCCACCUCCCCGCUGCCUUGCGGACAGGCUUUUGAGCCAAAGGCUUUGGAUGAGGACCCUAAUCGUUCUCCUGUCUAGGUCUGGGCGCCCUGGCAGUAUCCCAGCCCACAUACAACCAUGACAUUUUCUUCAAACAUAAAUUUCAUCCUGCAUCGGCCGUCGCGCAGAUUAUCAAGGGUCGCCUUAUCUGCUGCAUACAGCAGGGCGGAUAAGCGAAAGCAUGCUACUGCUGGCGCCUCCCUUCUUUCUUUUCCACCUUUUUCUCUUACUCCCAUCCCGGCCCCCAUUACUAACCUUCCUUCUAUAAUUCCCAGCUUAAUUGACAGCAACCGACGUGCUACUGGAGUAGAACCAUCUGCAGCCACCAUCCCACAGCACCUAUCGGACGCCUAUCGGCAAAAGUUCCUUAUAAGGCCACGCUGUCCCAUUACCAUGGCGACAUUCAACGUCCGCACUCUAAGACAAACAGGUCAGCAGGCUGCACUCGCACGCACCUUAGACACACUGGGUGUUGAUGUGUGUUGUGUGUCCGAAACUAGGAUUAAUGACCCUAACGGGGUUAUUGAAUUGACUGCACCCGGCUUAUCCUCUCGUUAUUGGUUGCACGCAUCCGGAGACGCCGAUGCGGCACUCACGGGUCAAGCUGGUGUAGGUAUCAUUCUCAGCUCCAAGGCUGAGUCAUCGUUGGUUGAUUGGAUUCCGGUGAACAGCCGUUUAUGUGCAGCCCGUUUGACUACAUCAGCUAAGGUGAAUUCGCGAAGUAAAACAAAACGCUGUUUGUUUGUGAUUUCUGCUUAUGCUCCCACGGACUGCAGUUCUAAUGCAGUCAAGGACACUUUCUAUCACGAACUGAACACGCUGCUACGCAGUGCUACUAGUUCAGAUAUUGUAGUACUUGCAGGGGAUAUGAACGCACAAGUAGGGCGUCUGAGCUCUUCAGAAGCUCAGCUGGGUGGUAAGUAUGGACUUAACGCCGAACGGACUGACAACGGCGAGCGUCUGCUGCAACUGUGUGCGGAGCACCAGUUGUUUCUUACUAGCACUGCUUUUAGACACAGUGGGCGCCGAAGUGCCACUUGGCGUCCACCUGUAGCUGGUCAGCGAUGGACCCAAAUUGACCACAUAGCCAUAAGUUACAGGUGGCGCGGUUCCAUUCUGGAUUGCCGCUCAUACUGGAGUACCUGUGUCGACUCUGACCAUGCCUUGGUGCGCUGUCGUUUCUCCAUGAACUUUACCGGAAGGCGCACAAAGCGUCUCCCCCGAUUGGCAACGGAGAAAUUGUCCCAGCCCUCUGUCAGGCAAGCCUAUCAAGAAGCACUGCAUAGCGAACUCUCGCUGUCUUGUCCUAAUGACACUGAACUUCAGUGGAAUAGGAUCUCGGCCGCUAUGCACGACGCAGGAGCAUCUGCUUGUGGCACUAUCAGUCGUCAUCGCACCAGUCACUGGAUAUCCGAGAGGUCCGUGAACCUUUUGGAAGCUAGAAGGCACCUCCCGGCUGGUUCUGAACACAAUGUGACCAGACGGGCUAUUAGGCGUGAACUAAAGCGGAGCCUACGUGCUGACAAGGAAGCCUGGUGGACCAGUCGGGCUCAAGAAAUGGAGGAGGCAGGAGCAGUAGGCAAUUACCGGAAGCUCUUCCAGCUAAUCCGCACCACUGGUCCGAGGAAACCAGGCGUCAGUGAGACAAUCAGGGACAGCGCGGGUGCGCUGAUACACAAUAAUGAGCGCCGUAUGGCUCGUUGGGCUGAGCACUUUGAACAUCAGUUCAGCUGGCCCCCUGCUCCCGGACCUCUUCCUACUCAGGUGAUGCAGGACGAGCCAUGGACGGUUAGUUUAGAGCCUCCGUCGGAGGCCGAGGUCCGAAACGCGAUCACAGCCCUCAAUCGUUUUCGUGCCGCUGGCCCGGAUUCCCUACCACCUGCACUAUUUAAGGAUGGAGGUGAGGUCCUCUGCAAAGCACUGACCUCCCUAUUCGAACGUAUCUGGAACGAAGAGAGUGUGCCGGCUAAUUGGAGCGAAUCGAUUAUAGUGGCAAUAUACAAAAAGGGCAGUCGCACAGACUGUGCGAACCACAGGGGUAUUAGCCUAACGCCAGUUGUGACAAAAUUACUGGCCUCGAUUAUCGUUCGUCGUCUCACUGCAGAACGGGAAUCUCGGAUUAGAGAAGAGCAGGCCGGUUUUCGCCCAGGACGUGGCUGUAUAGACCAUAUAUUUACUUUGCGGCAGGUGCUAGAGCAGCGCCACGCAUACCGCAGACCGACAAUAGCUGUGUUCCUCGAUUUCAAGAGUGCGUUCGAUUCAGUCGAUCGAUCGAUUCUGUUCGAAAUACUUGCGCGAAAAGGUGUUCCCACGAAAUAUGUGAACAUCCUUCGUGCUCUAUACUCGAACACUAGAGGCCGCGUCAGGGUCUAUGGUGCCCUAUCGGAUAGCUUUUCGACUACAAGUGGCGUUCGACAGGGUUGUCCGAUUUCCCCAUUUUUGUUCAAUUUCGUCGUGGAUUCUAUCAUGGAGUGUUCCCUUGCGGAAUCUCACGAUGUAGGUGUUGAAGUGCUGCCUGGUGAACGGUUAGUUGAUCUAGAUUAUGCGGACGAUAUCGUCUUGCUUUUCGACAAUGUUGAGGCGGCACAAUCAACCCUGAAUAGUCUAUCCAGAGUGGUCCCAUUAUUUGGUAUGCACUUCGCACCUUCAAAGUGCAAAGUGUUGCUGCAGGACCACCAGCCACUCGAUGACCCCUUGACGCUUGCUAACGAGGAACUCGAGAUGGUUGAUCAAUUCAAUUAUCUUGGCAGCUGCAUCAGCAAUGAUGGGCGCAUAGAAACUGACGUGAGCUCACGCAUUGCAAAGGCCAGAGCUGCCUUCUUGAACCUGCGUCAUCUUUGGCGACAGAAGGGAGUUUCCCUCCGUCUGAAAGGCCGUGUAUACAAGGCCACAGUGAGGGCCGUUCUGCUUUAUGGUAGUGAGACUUGGCCCCUUCGGUCUGAAGAUCUGAGGCGCCUUCAAGUCUUUGAUCAUCGUUGUUUGCGAAGCAUUGCUGGUGUCGGAUGGCACCAGCGUGUCCGCAACGAUGAUGUGCGUAGGCGAGUACUAGGUGGUGAUGAUCAUGCUAGCUCGCUAGAACAACAGAUAGCACUGAAUAAGUUACGUUGGCUCGGGCACGUGCUACGCAUGCCUGGUCACCGCUUACCUAGGAGGGCCUUGUUCAGUCUACCAGGUGUCGGAUGGCGCAAGGCUCGAGGUGGACAGAAGUUGACUUGGCAGCGGGAAAUGAAGUCACUGACGACCAAACUGGGUGCCGUUGGUCCGUCUCGCCUUCCGGGUUGGAGCCCACGUGACUCACCUUGUGCUUGGCUCGAGACUUUACAGGACAUGGCUCGCAACCGACACCAGUGGCGCGUCUGCUGCCGUCUCCUAAUUGGAUUGUCUGUUUAAAGUGUGUUUGGUGCUGAGUUAUCUGCGGGGUAAUGGCUGAUUAUGACGCGUGGCAGUGAAAGCCGCAAGGAAGCUGUCUCGCCGAUGCCGCCUUAUCUUUGCACGAUAGCCAGCUGUUUGUGACGGAAUGUUGUUAACACAAGGUGUAGGCGCCUUGACCCUGAAUGUUUGCUUAGGGCAUUAAGGUUUUCAGGUAAGUCCCCCUUCUCUCCCUCUUCUUAUUCUUUAUUUCAUAGGUCCUCAUGGUUGUAUGGCAGCGAAGCAUCAGUUCAAAUGGCUGAUGUACUGCUGUUGAUGAUGAUGAUGAUGAUGAC